AUGAGCUUGGAGCGGUACUCCUUCAGCCGCUGCACGUUGGCCUGCAGGGACUCCGUGGACUUGUUCCGCCGUCUCGGGUCCACCGAGAUCCCGAUGGUGCGGGCCACCUUCUUGUGGAUGCCGGCCACCUGCCCGACACGCACGGAUGAAGCCCCCGCGGGGCCCGCGGCGCCGGGCGGCGGCCGGGCCGCUCAGCCGUCAGAUGGAAAAGGGUUCGCGCCGGUCGGCUCGCUCGCCGAGCAGGGGAGGGGGCGGCCCCCCAGCAGCCCGCACCGCGGCUCACCUGCGGAUCUUCCGCGCCGGCUGGUUGAACCACGUGGCCACGCGCCGCUGCCAGUCCUUGUGGAAGUGCGGCUUCAGGAUCAUGCCAUUCCGGCUGGGCGCCAUGGCUGCUGCCUACGGGCGUGGGGGCGCGGGGAGCGAGUCAGGGCCCGGGCCACGGUCCUCUUCCGACUGCGGCCGCGCCCGGAGCAGCCCUACACCGAUGGCCGCCGAUGGCCGCGGAUGGCCGUGGAUGGCAGCGGAUGCGACCCGACGCCGCCAAAGACGCCCGGAUCCACCACACUCACCUCCUCCGGCGGAGAACGGCCAGCGGAAAAGAACAGGCGCCGCAAGGCGCCCUGGGAUGGUACUGGGCUCAGCCAAUCAAAAGCGCCGAAGAGUUCUGGCCGAUCAGAGCCGGGGAUCCCGGAAGUGACGGAUGCACGUCCUCCGCGCCCUGGGCGAACUUGGCGCGUCUCGCCCGCCGCGUUCCGGACGCGGGGCCGCACUGGGUCCACGGCGGGCGGCUACGGGGCUCCACGGCUCCGAAGAGGAACGCCCAGGCCGGGGGAGAGUAGUGGCGCUUUACGUGCGGAGUCUUUCCUGCGUCCGCACGUCACGGGACUCGAACUGACACUGCGCGUUUGCUCUCAGCGGGGCGUCAGUGCUUCACGGGCGUCUUCACGCAGCGCCGCACAGCCGCCUCUCCUUGGCGGAGGGGUCAGCUACCUUCCCCGAGGGCGGGCAGCUGGGGCUGAGAACGCGGGUCCGGCUGCAGACUGCCGCCUGCACAAGACGAGCGGCAUAGAAAGAUGCCAAGUGGCCGGAGGCAGCUCCAUGACCCGUGCCCCCGCGUCUCCUGUUCUCCAGGGCGAGUCUAGGAAACCGCCUUUCCAUCCCAGGAACCCUUCUUUCCCACCGUCGCCCCAAACACCAGGCUUCUUCGUAAUAAAACUUAGUCGACAUUCGAAGUCAUGACACAAAAUGA